AUGAGCUUUUUUGAAGAAGUGCAUGGUUUUUGUCCUUCACAAUGCACUUGUGUUUACCAUGGCAGAAGUGAUGGCACUGGAACAAGGUCCGUGCUCUGUAAUGAUCCUGACAUGUAUGAGAUCCCUGUGAAUGUUCCUGUGGAUACUGUAAAACUUCGUAUAGAGAAAACUGUCAUACGAAGGCUUCCAACUGAAGCCUUUUACUACCUGGUAGAUCUCAAAUACCUGUGGGUAACUUACAACUGUGUAGCCAACAUUGAUAUCAGCAGUUUCUAUAACUUGAAACAACUGCAUGAGCUACGCCUGGACGGUAAUCUGCUCUCCACUUUCCCUUGGGAAUCGCUGGCAGAGAUGCCCAACCUACGGACUCUUGACUUGCACAACAAUAAAGUCACCAGCAUUCCCGCUGAUGCUGGCCGGACGCUGACUGAUGCUGGCCGGUACCUGAGAACCCUCACCUACCUGGACAUAUCCAGCAACAAGCUAACCACCUUGCCAUCAGACUUGAUGGACAUUUGGCCCCCCUUCUCAGAAGCUGUCCUGUCCAAGAACGCGGACAUUCUGGCGACCCAGAGAGUCAUUUUGGGUUUGCAGGACAACCCAUGGUUUUGUGACUGUCGCAUUUCAAAGCUAAUAGAAUUUUCCAAAAUUGUGGACAAUUCAGUUGUACUUCUUGAUCCAUUGCUUUCAUGUAGUGGACCUGAGAGCCUGGCAGGAAUCUUGUUCCAGAGAGCUGAGUUAGAGCAGUGUCUUAAACCGUCCGUGAUGACAUCGGCGACAAAAAUCACUUCACCGCUGGGAAGCAACGUUUUGCUACGCUGUGAUGCAACUGGGUACCCAACACCGCAGCUUACUUGGACUAGGUCAGACAAUAUACCAGUGAACUAUACAGUUAUUCAAGAAACACCUGGAGAGGGUGUCAGAUGGUCCAUAAUAAGCUUGACAGGGAUUUCAUACAAGGAUGCAGGAGAAUACAGAUGUAAAGCCAAGAACUUAGCGGGAAUGUCAGAAGCUGCUGUUACAGUCACGGUGGUUGGUGUAGUUACUACAACGGUAUCACCACAGAAGUAUGGAAGGAAGCAAGAGGCAGAGAGGCAGAAUACCACUGGGGAGGAAUCCAAGCAGGAACCUGAGAGGACAACCACACCUCUUCCCACCACACCAACCAGCACAGCGCCGGUUAGCACUGAAAGAUCAACGAGCAGCAGGUUUACUGACAAGAAGCAAUCCAGGCCCGUGUUCGAUGGAAAGAAAAAUUCAAAGGCAAGUGAGGAGACUUCAUCGAAUACAGCAGGUAUGGCUGAGCAAAAUGUUACUGUAGAGAACCUAAGAGUGAUCAGUGAAACUGAUGAAAGAGUGACCUUAACUUGGAAGACCGUCAAUGCCACGAGCAGCUCUGCAGUGACUGUGUUAUACUCAAAGUAUGGUGAGAAAGAUAUGUUGCCUCUGAGCACUGAUUCUAGCAAAAACAAAGUCACAAUUGAUGGUUUGCAACCUAGUACUCAAUAUAUGGCAUGUGUCUCACCCAAAGGAGUGCCACCUACAAAAGAGCAGUGCAUUAUUUUCUCCACUGAUAGGUUAAACGAUGAAGGCAGCUCUCAGUUUUCUAUUCUGAUGUUGGCCAGCAGUGCAGCGUGUGUGGUUGUUUUACCUUUGAUAUUUUUCUUACUCUACAAAGUUUUAAAGCUUCGUGUGAAACCGAAAACUGCAAAGGAAGCUGACCUUGCAAAAGAGACCUAUGUGAAAUUUGAAACACUAUCUCUGAAGCCUCGAACAGUGAACGCAGGAGAGCAGCUCUGGGCACGAAGGUACACAGACGAGUCGGAAAGGCUUCUCCUUUGUUCCAGGUCAAGCAUGGAUUCUCAAAUGACCUUCAAAAGUGAGGGCUCUAGGUCUGAGUAUCUGUGUUGA